AUGGACUCAGCACCUCCCGUCCUUGAUCGGUCGUCUGCCCUCUCGCCAUUAUGUCUGCCCCAGUUGCGUACUACAACGUCGAGGUCGUUCAAUUCUGGCGAGGGCAGCAAACGACGGGACGGCUAUCCCCUUCACUGGGCGAUCUACGUUCCGACCGGUCGUGGGAUCGACAAUACAUACCAAAAUUUGGAAAACACGGACACCUUCACCAUCGACUUCAGGCGCAACCAGCCACACAAUCCCGGUGCCUGGCGCGGAAGCCUGACCGUCGGAAGAGUGGCCGUGAACCACCUCGCAAGUGUCGCCGUCACGCACCAUGAUCAUAGGUGGAACUGUCAGAACUGGGUGGGGGAUGGUCUCCGGUAUCUCAGCCAGCAACACUGUCACAUCACUGGCGAGACGCAGACCUCCCUUCAGACGAAAAUGUGGGCCCUACUUGAGGCUUGGGAAUGCGGUGACAUUUAG